AGAAGAGAGCUGCUGUCUGAGCAGGAAACUGCAUCUUCAGACUUCUGCCCAGCCACGAGACGACUUGUGGUCGCACCGGGCCCCCGAGGACCCUCCUAAGGACUUGCCUGCCCCACGCCGCCUCGACCCACCAGGCAGCUCCUCACCAGGUACCGCAGCCACACACAGCCUUACUGCUGGCUCCUGACUCCCCGGGCUUCCAAAGGAUGCUCGGGCCACCAACGGGGACCUCCGGGCAGCAGUGAGGGGGACAUUCAACCCCUCACUCAACUCUUCUCCUGUGCCAGGAAAUCCCCCAGGGGGACGAGCAUGGUGAUUUUUCCUUGGAGCCCCCUGGCUCAGGACUUCUGAGAAGAUGCUAGCCCUGAGGCUGUUCACUUGCUUCCUGCAGCUCCUGGCUGGGCUGGCGCUGCCUGCUGUGCACCCCCAGCAGCGGGCCCUGUCUGCUGAGACCAGCUCAUCAGAGGUGGAAGUGAUACCCUUCCAUGAGGUGUGGGGCCGCAGCUACUGCCGGGCCCUGGAGAAGCUGGUGGACAUUGUGACCGAGUACCCUAGUGAGAUGGAGUACAUACUGAGCCCAUCCUGCGUCUCCCUGAAGCGCUGCACAGGCUGCUGUGGUGACGAGGACCUGCACUGUCUGCCGGUGGAGACAACCAAUGUCACCAUGCAGAUCCUGAAGAUCCCCCCUGAGGGUCCACCGUCCUAUGUGGAGUUAAAAUUCUCUCAGCACGUGCGCUGCGAGUGCAGACCUCUGCGAGAGAAGAUGAAGCCAGAAAGGAGGAGACUCAAGGGCAGGGGGAAGAGGAAGAAAGAGAAGCAGAGAUCCACAGACUGCCAUCAGUGCAGUGACGCUGUCCCUGGGACGUAACCACCCCGGAAGGAGAGAGACCCCGCCCCAGCUCGCGUAUUUAUUACCGUCACACUCCUGGUGACCUCCCUGCUGGUACCUGCCCUCUAUUUAUUAGCCAACUGCAUCCCUGUUGAAUGACUCCCUCCCUCCAGGACAAGGGGCAAGGAGGGACAGGACCCUCAGGAAUUCAGUGCCUUAAACAGGACGUGAGAGAAAGAAAGAAGCCAGCCACAGACCUGUGGGAGCUUCGGCUUGGGAAGAAACAGGACUUGUGGCCUUGCGAGGGGCAGGCCAGGCCCAGAGGGGACCCAGAACCUGGUCCUGGGUCCAGUGUGCUCCGGGAGAUCCUGGCCGAGGCAGGGGUCCGGGACAUGCUCUGGCUGCCACAGCCCCAGCUGGGUGGGGAGGAGGAGGGGGAGGGAGGGGAUCCAGAUGCGGCCUCCUCUUCCGGCAGCAGCUCUCCACCCUGGAGACCAGGAUGUGCAGGCCGUGGAACAGCACUUGCCUGGGGGCUUUUGCCACUCCUGUCCUCGAAGGUCACGCCCUCACACUUGGCCACCUGCUUAUUUUGGAACAUUGUUCUUUCCAGCCCAGGCACCACCACUCCGCCCCCUCCCAGGGACAGAGGCAGAGUGGGCCCCAGGCUGGACAGAGAGCAGGCUGGACAAGGAGGAGCCCAGCAAAAUGGGGAUGAGGUCAGCAGAGAGGGGCCUUGUGUCCUAGCCCAGCGACUGCGGAAAGUGGAGCAGAUUCCCUGAGGGCCCUUGUGCCCCACCAGCUGCCCCGCAGGGCCGGCCGACUGCCAAGCCAGAUUCUCUUGAAUAAAGCAU